AUGGCCAAUGUUGGUGUGAGGUCCAGCAUGGACAGGGGCAGGACCUGGUUAAAAGAAAAGUCCCCUUGGGCGUACAAAGUACUGUCAUUUAUCAAGGCCCAGAUGAUAUCGUACUGGUUUUUCGAGGCGUUGGCUAUCUUCGUUGCCCUGGCUUAUAAAUACCCUAGUUUUGCCAGACACGGAGGCACAAUACGUGGCGAGUAUAGUAUUGGUUAUGGGGCUGUUGCGGUGAUUUUUCUUGGAUCUGGGCUAUCUAUGUCUACCAAGAGUCUGAUGAAAAACAUGGGCCAUUGGAGAGCCCAUCUUGUGGUUUUAGUUUUGCAGUUUUUGAUCACUCCCGCAAUUCUAUACGGUUUUGCUUGUGCCAUUAGAGCUGCGCAUAAUGCUGUCAUUUCAGAUUGGAUGCUAGUGGGGCUCAUUGUCACUGCUUGUUGUCCUACCACUGUCGCUUCCAACGUGGUAAUGACCAAACAGGCUGACGGAAACGAUCUGCUGACGCUUUGUGAGGUCUUCAUAGGAAACGUACUUGGUGCUGUGAUUACACCAGCUCUUGUGCAACUUUUUACCACGGGAGAAUGGAGUUUCGCCAAUCCUGCUAAUGGGUCAUCUGUCACGAGAGUAUACAAAGAUGUGUUCAAGCAGAUUGGUCUUUCCGUUUUCAUUCCUUUGUUUGUGGGACAAGUCCUGCAAAAUCUUUUUCCCAAACCAGUCAAGAUCUUUUACACCAAAACCAAAUUCAACAAGGUUGGAUCUUUCAUGUUGGUUCUGAUCAUGUGGUCCUCCUUCUCCACUGCUUUCUACCAACACGCUUUCACUGCGGUUUCACACCAAUCGAUAAUAAUGAUCUGUUUCUUCAACGUCGGAAUCUACGUCUUUUUCACCGUGAUCUGUUUUUUGAUAUCGCGUCCCAUUUUCCUGCUCAAGGUCUUCAAGGAGGAACCGGAUCGAGUCAAGCAUUCAACCGCCUAUAUCUGGAGUUAUCAUCUUUUUAGACCAUUUUACUACAACAGAAGAGACACAGUUGCGAUUGCACUUUGUGGGGCCGCAAAAACCGCCGCUUUGGGAGUUUCCCUAGUCACUGCUCAGUACGGAGAUAAUAGUCCGCACCUGGGCCAAUUGUUGGUGCCGUUGGUGCUUUACCAAUCGGAACAAGUUCUGACGGCAGGUAUUUUGACCAAGUUCAUGAAGAAAUGGAUCCAUGCUGGGCCUGAGUACAAGCAGGAGUUGGAGCUAAAGCUAAAGGCUAAAGACGAAGAAGAGGCUGUCCCUGUUCAGGAAGAAGUAGACGAAGGAUCAGAUGAGGUAUUUGCCCGAGAAGAGAAAGGCGCUGUGGAAAAACUUAGAGAUACUUAG